AUGAUGGCCAUCGCAAGGGCAGUAGGUAGUGACCUGCUACAAACAGGUUUUGGCAGGGACAAGCUGGACUGGAGGGCCCAGAGGCUGCUAGGUCCAAGAAGGGCUGCUCACAGGUCCUUCUUUGAGUCCUUUGUCCACCUGAUCAUUGUGUGUGCUGCUCUGGCUGUGGUCCUCUCUUCAGUCUCCAUCUGUGAUGGCUACUGGCUCCUGCUUGAGGAUCACGUCUUUGGCCUCUGGCACUUCUGCACCAUUGCCAAACAGAGUGAGCCACACUGUGUCUGGGACCGCAGUCAAGCCUGCGUGCCUGGGCUGGCUGCAGGAAUGAUACUGGCCCGAAGAAUGGUCACCUUGGCCAUGGUGGUAGCCAUUUUUGGCCCGGGGCUCCUCAUGGUAUCCCAGAUGUUUGAGGACUUCUGCUUACAGUGCAAAUGUACCAUGGGCUCUGUACUCCUCAUUUCUUUCAUCCUUUCCUCCGGGGGACUUCUGAUCUUCAUGAUUGCCCUUAGGAACCAGGUCAUGCUCCAGGACUUCACCUUGAUCUUCUGGUGUGAGUUCACUGUCUCCUUCCUCUUCUUCCUCAGUGCCCACAGUGGCCUUCAUAUCAGUAGCAUCACACAUCCCUGGGACCAUCCAAGGAAAUUUCAGACCUCUCUCUGA